AUGUCCGACUCGGAUCCUGAAGAGGUCGCCCCCUCCGACGACUUCGAUGCCGCCCGUUUCGCUCGUGAGUCCAUUCUUUCUCCGUCAAUGAUACCUCCUCCUGGGACCGCGAGACCGCCGACACAGCCUCAACGCGAGAUUCCCAAGCACUUCCAGUGUCUGUAUCCUGUGUACUUUGACAAGACGCGGUCGCGCGCGGAAGGGCGCAAGGUCAGCAGCAAGCUUGCCGUUGAGAACCCGCUGGCCAAAGACAUCCUUGAUGCCGUCCAGAUGCUCGGAUUGCGGGCUGGAUUUGAGCCAGAGAAGCUGCACCCAAAGGACUGGGCCAACCCUGGCCGGGUGCGAGUAUUAUUGAAGGAUGAGAACGGCAACCCGGUCAAUCCUCGAAUCAAGAAUAAACAUCACCUCUACAUCCUGGUCGCACAGUACCUACAAUCUCAUCCCACGACGGAACAGUCCCCUUACCGCUUGAGAAUCCACGGCCUUCCCAUGCCGGAGAAACUGCCUCCUCCCCCUCCAGCUCCACGGGGCUGGAAGAUUGGCAAGAUUCUCCCCAUCCAUUCCCCGGCCUAUAGCGGCGGCGGAGUCAGCGACAACCCGUUCAAGGAGGCCAUGGCUGAGAUGGAAAAGAUGCAGAACAUGCCCGGAUUUCCAGGCAUGCCGGGGAUGGCGGGGAUGGGAGGAGAGUCAUCCAGUGGCGGGGACGCCAAAAAGAAAAAGGACAAAAAGACUAAGAAGUAA